AUGGCUGACGUGUCUACAUUGGGGCGCGAUAAAAAAUCGCCCAAUAGUUUAUAUGAUAAGUGUUUAACUAGUUUAGUGAACUAUUUGCAGCAAAAGUCGAAACGGAAAAUCAAUAAAUACGAUGUGAGAUCACUGCCGGACUGCAUCCUCAUGGAUGUUUAUUUUAGGAUGCUGGAAGAGAAAAGGCUGUGUAUUCUCGGCGCUGAAUUGUCAGAAUUGGAAAUAUUCGAAAGGCUUUUGCGCUUCUCCGGAGCGCAGCUGAGGUUGCUACAGUGUUUUCAGGCGGUGAUUGAGCACGGGUCGAAGCUCUCAACGGAGCUGUCGCUUGCCUAUCUGGCUCGGUGCAAUCAGAGCAAUCGUCCGAGGAAUUCGCUCAUACACUUAGGAUUAAGAUUAGGUGGUUUUCUAAACGAGGCCGGCUGGUACGCGGAAGCGCAGCGCGUGCUACUAAGAUGCCAAGAUCUGUGCCAAGCUCAACCACAGACGACUUACUACAAGCGUUUGACGCUUGAAUGCUGCCAUAGAUUAUUAAAUACCCAAUCAGUGUACUGCUGCUUCCCGGCAGCGGCGGAGACGUACAAAUUGGCACUCAAAUUACUCGGUCUACCCGAAGACACGAAGGCACAAAUCCCACAGGGUCCAAUAGCUAUAGCCGAAACCUGCUCUAAAGCACUACAGACUGAUGGCGAUGAUAAUGAGAGGCUAGAUGAGUACACGGAAGAAGAUAAUUGUUGCACCGGUGAACGGGUGUGGGGAAUGUCGUCGUUACUGGCGCGUUUGUGCAAAGAAAUUAGCGGACUGUUCUUCGUCCGGUGCGAUUACAGCGCCGCCUAUUCUUGGGGAAUGCGUGCCUUAUCACUACUAACACCGGACACACCGCCCAAGAUAACAAUCGAGGUGUUGCGCGCGUGCGGCACAGCGUGCGUGGUGAAGCGGCGCUUCCGCUCGGCCGGGCUGCUGGUGCGGCAGGCGGUGGCGCUGGCCCGGCAGGCUUUCGGGCCGCACCACCCGCGCUACGCCGACGCGCUGCUCGACUACGGCUUUUAUCUGCUCAACAUUGACUCGAUCACGCACAGCGUUCAGGUCUAUGAGGAAGCAUUAACGACCCUACGACGCGUGUUCGGCCGGAGCAGUCUGCACGUGGCCACGGCGCAAGAAGACCUCGCCUACGCGCUCUACGUUCUCGAGUACUCCUCGGGACGGUUCUAUAAGGCUCGCGAUCACGCGGAGAGGGCUAUACGCAUUAUUGAGAAUCUCGUACCUCCCGAUCAUUUGCUACUGGCUUCGGCGAAGCGCGUCAAAGCCCUUAUAUUAGAAGAAAUCGCAUUGGACACACCCGCGGGUCAAGAUAUGAGAGAACCCAGCUUACUCGAAGAGUCGGAGGCUCUACACAAGGCUGCGCUGGACCUGUCGAUGAUGGCGUUCGGCGAAAAGAACGUUCAGACGGCCAAGCAUUAUGGAAACCUCGGCAGGCUCUACCAGUCGAUGCAGAAGUUCCAGGACGCCGAGACGAUGCACCUGAAGGCGAUAGCAAUAAAGGAGGAACUGCUGGGGGCGGAGGACUACGAGGUGGGGCUGAGCGUGGGCCACCUAGCCUCGCUCUACAACUACCACAUGAACCAGCACACUGCCGCCGAGAAGCUCUAUCUCAGAUCCAUCAAUAUCAGCCUGAAACUGUUCGGCGAGCGAUACUCGGGGCUGGAGUACGACUACCGCGGGCUCGUGCACGUGUUCACUCAGCUCAAGCGACACGACCGCGCCCAGCACUACAACGCUCUGCUGCAGCACUGGCAUGAUCUCCGCGAACAGUCUAAAGCCGAGCAGCAACCAUCGAUCGGCGAUGAAGAAGUAAUACCACUAGAAGAGUUACGAGAGAAGUUGUUCAAAGCGUGUUGA